CAACCUCUACAGCAAAAUCGAAGGAAAAUGUUGAAGAAAGUGACGGCCGUCGCUGCGGUGGCUUUACGGGGUAGCCGCCGGCCGUCUCUCAUGGCCACUUGCCGCCGUUCGACCUCCGUGUCUACUGCCGUCAAUUCAUUGCUCCUCCGCUCCCUCAAAGAACACUAUCUCGAGAUCUCCAGAAUGACGCCUCCUCCUAAAGUGAGCCCUCCGUCUUCCUUUUCUAUCAUUAAAGGCGCACUAGACGGCAAUGGGCCGGUGCUUACUAGGAGCUACGGCAAUGAAGAGAUUAACGUUUCGGUUAUGCGAUUGGCUAAUAUUGUUCCCGGAGGCGGUGGAGACGAUGGAGACGACGAAAUUAACCAGUUGUUUCUUCAUCUGACUGUAUCAAAGCCGGAGCAGAGGGAAAGUUUACAUUUUCUUUGUGGAUUGUAUCCCGAUGCAUUAGGUAUUCAUUCCGUUUCGAUGAGACCAAAAGCUGAGUCCUCGGGGUUUCUCGUUGUUCCGUCCGGCUAUAAUGGUCCCGUGUUCGAAGAUCUGGAUGAGAAAAUGCGAGAUGUACUUCACAAUUACAUAGAGGAGCGAGGUAUAAACGAGUCUCUCUUUCCAUUUCUUCAGGCAUGGCUUUAUGUGAAAGAGCAUCGAAAUCUUAUGCGGUGGUUCAGAUCCGUUGGCUCGUUCAUCAACGAGCCCAAGAACGCUAAAGUGGAUUGAUAGUUCAUGUAUUGGAUAGGAAAAUAUGUGGAAUUCAGGGUUCCAUCUUCAUAAUUGGUUAGUUGUAUAAGGUAAAUGGUCUUAUUUCAUUUUAAGAUACAAUUUUGCAAGCCCCUAUGUGGUGAUUCAGUCUCUCCUUGUUAGCCAUGGUUUUUGUUUUCCAAAGUUGAUUAACAGUGCUAUAUAUUGCAGCUUUAUUCUUAUGGAUUUUCUUCUUAUA